AUGGCGAACAUCGACGACGAAACCAUAGGCCGAACAGCCAACCAAGAAGGCGACUUACAAAUCGAUAGCGAUAAUAGUGACAUCGUCGACGGAGCCUCCACAUUCGACGACCGCACGACAAUCGUCUCCUCCAUAAAAAACUACAAAUACGAAAAUGGCCGGCGAUAUCACUCCUUCCGCGACGGCGAAUACUUACUACCCAACGACGAGCGGGAACAGGAGCGUCUCGAUCUACUACAUCACACGUUUCGACUGUUACUCAAUGGGGAAUUGUACAGAGCACCCGUGAACAAUCCCGUGCGAACGCUGGAUUUCGGUACGGGGACGGGUGCAUGGGCGAUUGAUUUCGCAGAGGAGAACCCGCGGACAGAGGUAUUAGGCACAGACCUGAGUCCCAUCCAACCAUCAUGGUUCCCGUCAAACUGUCGCUUUGAAGUCGACGAUGUCGAGUCUGAAUGGUUAUAUGGCUACCAAUCCUUCGACUACAUCCACGGCCGCGGCAUGACAGGCUCAAUUCGAGACUGGCGUAAACUAUUCACUCAGGCCUUUGAUAACCUGCGUCCCGGUGGAUGGCUAGAGAUUCAGGAAUACGAAAUCGAGAUUUCGUCGGAUGAUGGGUCGCAUUUGAAGGCGAAGAAUUUUGUGUUGUGGAAGGAUAAGUUGAAUGAGGCGAGUCAAUUGUUUGGGAAGCCGUUCAGUGAUUAUUCGUUGCAUAAGCAGAGUAUGGAGCAGGCUGGGUUUAUUGAUGUGUCUGAAGAUACAUACAAGGUCCCAAUCGGCCCCUGGCCCAAAGACAAACGCAUGAAAGAAAUCGGCAAAGUGCAACAAUUCCAGAUGUUCGAAGCGGUSGAGCCAUAUUCUCUGGCCGUCUUUACGCGAGUCCUCAAAUGGAGCAACGAAGAUACACGCGAAUUGAUCGAUAAAGUCAGAGCAGAGAUUUGCGAUCCGCAGUACCAUAUUUAUUCGCUGUUUAGUUUUGUGUAUGGACGGAAACCGGAGGUUUAA